AUGACUGGUUCAAGGAGGAUGUAUGUAUACUGGUAGGGAGGAGUUUUAUCGGCUGCGGCUACAACGUAGUAGCCGCAGCCGACUACUACUACUAACUACUAGUACUAGUACUCACUUGUGAUCAAACUGCAAACUCGAUUGAACCCACAGCUCGGUCUUGUCGAUGAGGUCCUGCAUGGAGCAUUGAUCGUGGCAUUGAAACCCCAACUUGAUGACCACCGCGGCAAUCUCGUCCACGGCCACUUUGCGAUCGAGCUCAAAGCUCUGGUCGACCACCCAGUCCAGCAAUGUUUCUUCAAACUCGGCUUGGUCCUCGAUGUCGUUGGGCACGUUCGCCGGGAUGUCCCGAGGACACGACAAGUGCACAGACGCAUGCAGCAUGCGCUUCUUGAGCUCGCGGAACUUCUUUGUCUUCAACGCAUGUGCUUCGUCCACCCGUCGGAGCUGUUCCUUGAGGUCCAUCAGUUGCUUCUCCAACGCCGUCGUCUCCGCGUCCAUGCGACAAAUGUCCUCCAUUCGACUCAACUCUGAAAUGCGCUCCGAAUCUGCCAGGCUAGCCAUGAGGUAGUACAAACGCUCCACAUGCGGAGGAACGGUGUUCGACGUGGGCCGUCGCCGCCGCUUUCCCGUCAUCAUCAAAAUAUUGCCACUCACUACCAUCCGAAGCAUCCGGAUAUAAUAAUACGGAUAACGACUUGGCAUGAUAGCAAUGAUAGGCCGCCAGCUGGGCGAUGUAACGUCCAAAGAACAAUUCGAUUUUCG